AUGGCGCUGCCACUCCCCCCUGUCUUAUCGGCAGAAGAGGUCGCCCAGUUCGGUCGAACAUUCGCUCCCUAUGUGUUCUCGUCGCAGCUGCUCGAGCUGCCCACGCGCAUCGUCGAGGCCGGCACCGACGUGGAAGCCUUGCAGAGCCUGUACCUGGCGACAAACCCCAUGCUAACGGCCAUCUUCAUCGCAUUAGCCAUCUCUCCUCUUUUCGUGCUCGCCGCUGAGCUUCGCGGCAACUUCUCGCAGGUUGACUGUUGGUGGAGCAUCCUGCCUACCAUCUACAAUGCGCAUUUCUACGCGUGGGCGCAUCUGAACGAGCUGCCUACUGAGCGGUUGAAAACAGUUGCCAUAUUCAGCGCCAUCUGGAGCAUCCGGUUGACUUAUAACUACUGGCGAAAAGGCGGCUACCAAUGGGGCGCGGAGGACUACCGAUGGCCGAUAUUGCGCGAGAGAAUCAACAACCGAUUCUUGUUCUUCCUCCUUGACGUUACUUUCAUCGCAUUUACGCAGUCUCUUCUUCUAUGCGUUGUCACUGCGCCGACAUACCUGUUCACCGUCCUCGCCCAACUCCCCGAAGGCGCAGCCUACGGAAUCCCAGACCUUGUAUUCUCCCGCCUUCUGAUCUUCUAUAUCCUCGUCGAGACCGUAGCCGACGAGCAGCAGUGGCGUUUCCAGCAAGCCAAGGUCAAAUACAGAGAAACAGGCGCUGUGGCAGAGGGCUAUGAUAAGGAGGAUCUCGAGCGCGGCUUUGUGGUUUCUGGUCUGUGGUCAUACAGCCGUCAUCCCAACUUCGCUGCUGAACAGGCCAUCUGGUUCACUCUGUACGCGUGGUCUGCAUACCUCACCAAGACAUAUGUUAGCUGGGCUGGCGUCGGCGCGCUUGGCUACCUCUCGCUUUUCCAGGGCAGCACGUGGCUUACCGAAAAACUGAGUGCUGGCAAAUACCCCGAGUACCGCGAAUACCAGGCUCGCGUAGGCAGGUUCAUCCCGCGAUGGUCGGUGAAGGCCAGGGGUACGGAGUCUGCCGCAAAGAAAGACUCCUAG